AAGUGAUUCUUUAUUUUCAAGGUAUAAAAAAAUUCAAAGGUGUAUCUAUUGUUGACUAUAUCAUCUUUGGCGGUCAUAAUUAAAUAUAUCUGAUCUGAUCAAGCUAGUUAUUGCUUUUUUAAAGAAAGGAUUCAAAUUUAAGUAUCAAGUUUUAAUAUACACAAAUCAAAAUGGGAGGAGAUUUGAAUAUGAAAAAGCACUUCCACCCUCUAACUAUGGAAAAUUUAGAGAGGGUGUGGAAAGCAGAGGAAAAAAAGCGCAAAGAAGAAGAGCAAUGUCUUCAGCUUCAGCAAGAAUUAGCAGAAGAAAGGCAGAGAGAACAGCUUCAAAAACAAGCUGUGGAAUCUGGUCUUAUAAAAAAAAAAACUGAAAAAUUAGACUGGAUGUACAGUGGGCAGCAAGCUGUCAAUACUGAAGAAUAUUUGCUUGGAAAAAAGAUUGAUAAACAUGUUGAAGUAAUGAAAGAUGAUGAUGCUGAAAAAAACAUAAUUGAAGGUAAUAUUCUUAAAAAGCCAAUUCUUCAGCCGAAAGCAUCUGAUAUUUUAGCAAAAGUCAAAGAAGAUCCUCUUUUUCUUAUAAAGAAACGAGAAGAAGAGAAUAGAAAGGAGCUUGUUCAAAAUCCUAUUAAGAUGAGAAAAUUGAAGGCUCUACUUCAAAGUCAUGAAAAAGAGAAAAAAAAGAAAAAAUCAAAGAAAAGUAAAAAAGAAAAGUAUGAUGAAGAUUAUAGGUAUACUAAUGGAAGAAGUGAAAAGGAUUUAUCUAAGACUGAGUAUGAUUCAAAACAUGGCAUAAAAUAUAGUAAAGAGAGAUCAGAUGAAAAAUAUGAUUCCAGAUAUUCUACGCAUAAUUUUAGCAAUCGUGAUCUACAGACUCAUGAAUCAAACAAGCAUAGCUCUAGAAAUUAUGAUUCAAGCAAUCAUCACUCAAGUCAUCGGUAUGAACAACCAUUUAAAAAUGCUAGGCACGAAAAUAGCGAAAAAUAUUAUGAAAACGCAAAAAGCAAAAAUUCUCAGGACUCUUCAAAAGUUCAUAGGAGAGACUCUGAAUCAUCACGAGGGGAUCAUAGAGGUGAUAAAGAGUACAGAACACAAAACAAGUCAAAAAGAAAAAGAUCUCUUAGUUCAAGUUCAGAUGAUGAGAGUGAUUUGGAAAAGCAAAGACAAUUCAUGAUGCAGAAUGCAAAAUGGAGAAAGGAACAAAGGAUUAAAAACCUUCGAUCUCAUGAGGAAGAAACAAUCAAAGAAGAGGAGACAGUCAAAUCCGUUUUAAGUAAAAGCAACGUUAAUGAAGACAAAGCACGUUUUAUAAAAAAGUUACAAGUAGCUUCAUAUUCAUCAGACACAACUGCUUCUGUAGAAGAUCGAAUCAAAAGAAACAUUCAUACAAAGCAAAGAACCAAAGCUGAUUUAGAAAAAAAAUUUACUUCACGCUGAGUGAACAUUUUUCUAAAAGCGUUUAUUUUGGUUUAAGUUCAAGCAAUGCCUUAUUAAAACCAAGAAACGACAUUGGUCAAUAAUUUCUUUCCAAAUUCUGGAGCAUAAAAUUUCUUCUAAGAAUACUCAAUGGUUAUUUUUUUACGAAAGAUGAGGAAAUAAAAGGAUUUUAUGUCCACACUAGGUCCGCACUAAAUAAAAAUAGUCAGAAGUCCAUGAGUUUGAGUUUUCUAGAAGUUGUUACAUUAGAGUCGUAAGUUAAUACUGCAGAAACUUUGUUAGCAUUUUUACAGUAUUACUGUUUACUAACUUAAUGACCGCAACAUUUUAUAUACAA